AUGUCUGAUCUGGAACACGCAGCUGAGACAGCAUGCUCAUCGUCACCCUCCUCCGCUGCUCAAACUUGGGAUGCUACCCCCAUCAACUACGCCUUCCUGGUUCACUCUCAGAAAACAUUGACCCAAAACCUUCCGCCGCGGGUCGAUAACAAAUUGCUGGCACGGCAGAAGCGGCGCCGCACGAGCCCAGAAGAUCACGCCAUCCUCGAGGCAGAGUAUCAACGGAAUCCCAAGCCAGAUAAGACGGCCCGGGCUAGUAUAGUCAGCCGCGUCUCAUUGGGCGAGAAAGAAGUGCAGAUCUGGUUUCAAAACCGCCGGCAGAAUGACCGGCGAAAAUCCAAGCCUCUCCAACCUCACGAGCUUCUCGCGCCUCGAUCGACCGCGUCCGACGCGUCAAAACAUGCCGCAAGUGACGACAGCCUAUUAUCGGACAUGAUACCUUCUAGCAGCCCCGAACAGUCGGAAGAGAUUGGACAGGAAAAGGUCCCGUCAACACAGUCGUCGGUCAACUCCUGCGAGUCAGAUGAAGCUCAUGAGGACAAGGAUAGCUUAGAACAGCCGGCAUUCAGCUCCGAGACAAGUCUGGCUACGUCUGUGGCGCCAGAAGGUCCGCAACCGAUACCGAAUGAGGUGAACACGGAACCAGAGUCAAGUCAGAUACAAGAAGAUUCGACGCUAGACGAGUCGCAGCAGAACCUGGUGAAAAGGAAACGAUCGGUCACUGAAAUCCAGGGUGAGAAGCCAUUCGUGCAGGGUGCCUCGACACCUGGAACGUUCCAGGAUAUCAAGUCACCGCCCUCGCUGCGGAUUUCGCUGUCGGUCGAUGGAGAGGCGAUGGUCCGAAAAGAGGGCGAAUUGACACCAUCGCCUCCCAAAGGACGUAGCGCCCUUCGAAUUUCCAUGUCGUCCGACGGGAAAGCUGUUAUUAGAGCCGACGGCGAGCCUUCCCCAUCCCGAAAUCGUAUCUCCAUGUUCUCGACCAGGAAGCCUCAAUUGGCAGGACUCCGCAGAAGUAGCAGUGCGAUGGCUUUUAGUACCCCACGAGCUGGCAGCACAGAAGCGGAAAGGAUGUUUGGUAGAUCACGAGACCCCAGAAACUGGGAAGCCUUCUUUGAUACCGAUGCCCGAAGUGCCCUCUCGACUCCGAUGAGCUCACAAAGCGCGCCAGGUGCUGGCUCUCCUGGGCUUUUCCACUCCAGAGGCCAGCGUUCGUUAACCCGAAGCUUGUCAGCAAAACACACGACGCCCUUCCCAAUGAAAUCUACAGACUACCUCAAUACGCCAGUUCCAAAGCCGAACAGUGAGAAGAGACGGAAGAUAGCUCGCACAGUCUCGUCAUUGGGCCGGCUAGAGACUGAUAAUAGAAUAUCUGGUCUAGGCUCCAAUCUGAAGAGCUAUACGGAAGCGGCCAAAGAUGGAGACGUUGACUUGCAAUGUGGCGAUUCAGAUAAAGAAAACUGGAUCCCAGGGACGAGGGUCUCCCACAAUCGCCGGCGGGUCACAUCUUACCACAAUCCUCGGCGCUCCAUGCUGAAGGACACUAGCGGAAGAGACGGCAAAGUCCAUAAGAACUACAAUCCCGGCGGCAAAUAUCCACGGGGUUCUCAACAAUCGCAACACAGAGCAAACAUGUCCAUGGCCAAGGACGUGCCUGAAUUGGAUGCGGAAGUGUCGGCUUUCAUGAGUGGCGGUGGUGGCGCCAGUCAGGAGGAAGAUCUUGAUUGCAUCCAGGGACUAUUGUCCCUAAGCCAAGGCGCGUGGAGAUAG